AUGUCAAACCAUCUUCAAGAGCCCUUAACCAAUUACCCUAAACCGGUUUUAACCAAUGAUGAACAAGAAGCGGACGAGAAAAUGGUGAGCUUGCAAGCGGAGAGUAUAGUGAACACUGUGGCUUUCCCCAUGGUCCUCAAAGCUGCCUUGGAGCUUGGUGUAGUCGACGUGAUCGUUGCUGCAGGCAACGGCGCGUGGCUCUCACCGUCUGAGAUAGCGGGGAGUCUUCCAACCAAACCCAUGAACCCGGAGGCCUCAGUUUUGCUGGACCGGAUUCUGCGAUUACUUGUCAGCCACUCGAUCUUGAAGUGUCGACAUCUCAAGGAUGUGAUACUAGAAGGAAAAGAUGCAUUCAGCUCUGCACACGGCAUGAAACUUUUUGAAUACAUUAAUUUGGAUGAACGAUUCGGUGAGGUGUUUCACCGGGCAAUGUCGGAAUCUUCCACUAUGGUCAUGAAGAAGGUUCUAGAAGUUUACAGAGGAUUUGAAAAUGUUAACACUUUGGUAGAUGUAGGAGGAGCAACUGGCACCAUAUUAGGUCUCGUCACUUCCAAGUAUCCUCAUAUUAAAGGUGUUAAUUUUGACUUACCUCAGGUUUUAACCCAUGCUCCUUUUUAUCCAGGAGUAAAGCAUGUCUCCGGAGACAUGUUUUUAGAAAUCCCAAAAGGAGAUGCUAUCUUCAUGAAAUGGAUACUACAUGAUUGGACCGAUGAAGAUUGUAUAAAGAUACUAAAGAAUUGUUGGAAGAGUUUACUGGAAGAGGAAAAGUAAUAAUUGUAGAGAUGAUUACACCAAUAGAACCAAAGUGUGGUGACUUUUCUUCUAAUAUUGUGUUCGGCAUGGACUUGUUGAUGUUAACACAAUGCUCGGGUGGUAAAGAGAGAUCUCUUUCGCAGUUCGAGAAUUUAGCAUUUAAUUUAGGGUUUAUUCGAUGUGAAAUUAUUUGUCUUGCGAUUUCAUAUUCUGUUAUUGAAUUCCACAAAUAAUUUUGGAAUUUGCGAAAAUAAACGAAAUUCCA